AUCCAGUGCUCUGUGCCUGUGUGUGACAGGAAUCUCAUUCUCUCCCAUAGCUACUAACUAAGCACACAGACACAGAUACACACAAGUACUGGCACUGGCAGCAGGUCACGUGAUGCCGGCGGGAGCCGCCCCCGUGUUAGUAGCAGGGAGUGAGACAGGCCGCCGCCGCUGCUGACGUAUGACGCUUCGUGUCUGCCGGAAAUUGCCGCUGCUCCAGUGACCGGUCCGGGGACAGCGAGAGAGGAGCGGCCUGCCUGACAGGAUUCCCCUAAACAUGGACAAUGAAGUCCCGGAGUUUCUGAGCCCCAAAGAAGAAAUCAUCUACUGGAGAGAUCUAUCUAAGACAUAUAAACAAAGUUACCAGGAAGCCCGUGACGAGCUGGUGGAGUUUCAGGAAGGGAGCAGAGAGUUGGAGGCAGAGCUGGAGACUCAGCUGGUGCAGGCAGAGCAGAGGAACAGAGAAUUGCUUUCAGACAACCAAAGACAUAAACUCGAAGUGGAAACCUUAAAGGAGAAGCUUGAACAUCAGUACUCGCAGAGCUACAAACAGGUGUCUCUUCUGGAGGAUGAGCUGGGCAGGGCUCGGAGUAUCAAAGACCAGCUCCACAAGUAUGUUAGGGAGCUUGAGCAGUCCAACGAUGACUUGGAAAGAGCCAAACGGGCCACAAUCGUGUCUUUGGAAGACUUUGAGCAAAGGUUGAAUCAGGCGAUUGAAAGAAAUGCUUUCUUAGAGAGUGAACUUGAUGAAAAGGAGUCUUUGAUGGUGUCUGUACAGCGAUUAAAGGAUGAGGCACGAGAUUUAAGGCAAGAAUUGGCAGUACGAGAAAGGCAGACGGAUGGAACAAGAAAAUCCGCCCCUAGCUCGCCGACAUUAGACUGUGAGAAGACAGAUUCUGCCGUCCAGGCCUCACUAUCUUUACCUGCCACUCCUGUGGGCAAAUUCUCAGACAACAGUUUUACCUCUAUGAAAGGUAUACCAAAUGGAUUUGGUACCACCCCACUUACACCGUCCGCCAGAAUAUCCGCACUUAACAUUGUGGGGGACCUCUUGAGAAAAGUGGGUGCCUUAGAAUCCAAGCUAGCAGCAUGCAGGAACUUUGCAAAGGACCAGGCCUCCCGGAAAUCUUAUGUCCCUUCAAGCUUGAACAGCAGCAGUAGCAGCAUAUUAAACAAUGGGACAAAGUAUACCUAUCCGGGGCACACAACAUACUUCGAUAAAGGGGCAGUGAACGGCUACGACCCCCCAGGUAUUUUAGGAUCCCGACCUCCGUCCCCGCCUGGCAUGCUUCCUCUCAGUGUAUGAGCAUCAGAGGCAGAGGACAGACUCUAAUCUUUAUUCUUCAGGGUUUCUCUGCGAAAAGUUACAAAGAACAAAACACGCUUCACUUUAACCUGUUCACUGCCUGGGGAGGAAUGCCACAGCAGACUCCUGAUACAGGAAAGGGGUUCAAUUAUAUUUACUUCAGCUGGAAAUGAGGCUGCGCAAUAUACUCUCUGCUGCUGCCACCACUUUGGACGCUUCAUAGCACCGCUUCUAAGACUUUCCUUCUCUUGUGUCCUGGUCUGCUGUAGCACUGUGGCAUCACCUGGAUACAUAACCAUGGCAGGCGCCUUGUUUCUUGACGCAGCAGGUGAAGAAAGUGGACAUUUAAUAAGGUCACUCACCUGCUAAGGAUGCACCAGGCUGGGGUUCCCAGCCCGAAUAUUCUCCUUUAUCCUCUAAUCUAUUUUACAGGGUUGCAGCUGAGCUCGCAUCAAUCAGAACGUUUUAUUUUCUUGGUUCCUUGUUCCCUCCUCAACAACUUUUUAAACUGAGCAGUGUUGGCAAUGUAACUUCUGCUGUGUCAGCAAGGCUGUGGUACAUUGUGAAAUGUAAAAGCGACAUGUUUGUGUUACAAUCCCAGAACUCUCACUUAUUGUUCUGUACCUCAGUUCCUGUGGACGCCCCCUUUUGUGAAAAUGGAAAGUGAAUCCCUCCCUACAUGUACAAAACCAGAAUACACAACAAUAGUCCUGAUAUGUACAUAGAUACUCCACAUGAUUUUUUUGCCUGUUCACUUAAAAGAGAAUACAUACCAUUAUUUUUUACCUAGUGCCAUUGAGCUGGGCACUGACAUUUGCUCAAGGGGUGCCUGGCACCGACGACAGUGGAGGGAGCCAUUUUGUGUGCUGGUCCAGUAUCUCUGAGAAUACAGCCAGUCUGUUCGCUGGGAACCAGUAACAUCUCUCAGGCACUUUGUUGGCAGAUAUUCGUGAGACACUAGUUCCUAGAGAAUAGACUAUCUGCAUUCUCAAUAACACUGGUUUAUCCCCCAAAAUGAUUCCUCCGUUGUGUGUCUGUGCCAGCAGCACACAAAUCCUUGCUUAGAUUAAAUUACCUAGAACCUUUCUAAGAUUGGGAAUUGGUGAUUGUACUAGUAAAAAUCCAUGAACAUGACUCAAAGAGCAAUGAUUUGCUCAUCCAUUUUAACCAACCAUAUAUCCGUUUAACAGUCUAGCGUACGCAAACUGCUAAAAGCUUAUUGGUUGUUUUUUUGUUUACAGCACAUCACUGCUCGUUGCAUCAUUCUAAAAAGGCUUCUGUUCUCUUUUGGCUUCUGUAGUGUCCUGCAAGGAGUAGCAGGGAUGUUUGCAAUUUUAGUUACCGUGACAACUGGCAGCAGAGUGAAGCAGACCGUUUCAGCUGUCUGUUUACAAAUGCUAUAAUAGGCAAUGAGCACUUUUAAGGGGCAAGCCCACCCCCACUUAUUUCAAAUGGGCCUCGGUUUAAAAUAUGGAUACUUUUCUCAAUUAAAAACCACUGCUGAGAGCGUAUGUUUCUCUCACUACGUAGUAAUGAAAUGGUUAUGUGUAUUAUUCAAAAGCACACUUAAUUUUAACAUACCCAGUCUCCCCUCCACCCAGAUUCUGGAAAAAGAUUAUACACCCCAUCUCCCUCCUACCCAAUGUUUUAAUGUUGAAGUUGUGAUAUGACUGUUUACAUUUUUUUUUCCUGUUUGUUUUUAUUGUAUAUAAAUUUGUAAACAUAAUAUUUUUUGCCUAAGAUAUUUGUACAGUACUUGGGCUGUGUAGCUAUAUAUUUAUUGAAGAUUCUAUAAGGCAUGUUUAAAAGAAGGGCAAAGUGUUUCACAGCUGUUGCAAAGUGCAAAUAAGUAGCAAAAACUGUCCGACUAUCAUGGUUUGCAGCUGUCUGUCUGAAACAGUGGCAAUUUUAGAAAGGAAUAAAAACCUAUGUAAAAAAAAAAAAAAAAAGACUUUUCUGUCUAGUUAUUGUACGUUUUCGUGAUCCCAUUGUUCUCUCUUAAAACGGUUAUAGUAACUGAUGGAGAUUUAUGAAUUGCCAUCAUGAAGCUAAGUCACACCUGCAGAUGGAGAUACGGUAAGUGCAUCAAUGCUCUCUAGAAAUUCCACUUUUAAUGAAAACAAAUCUUCACUGAAAAUCAUGAAGAUUUACAGUAAAUUUGAGGUCAUGCCUCUAGAACUGCUUUCCUUGGGAACACCAUCUAUAGCUGGGAGCAGCUGCAAGACUGCUAUGUUUGCUGAGAAGAGAGGGGUUGACCCAACUUUGAGAUUCAUGCUUUGGCGUGGAGUUGAGUUGUGAUCACAGCGUGAUUAGUCAGGAGUCACAGCCACCCACUGGUGACACAUUCACAUCUUCAUUCCAAACCUAGCCACUUGUUGCUGCUGCUCCGGCUUCCAGCUAGCAAAUGAUGUGGCUCAAUUCUGGUGACUUGGUGGGAGUUCUGUGGUUGUGGGGUCAGGUUAACAAUUCUUUUACAUAUAGGAGUACCAUCAUUAUUUCCUUAGUUAGAGUUCUGUUCACUCCACAAUUCAUAAUGCAUGUGUAGAAUGGCGCUAAGCCACACAAAUGUAUUGUUAUGCUUUGGAGGAUAGUGGGGUGUAUUUUGCCUAUUGUAUGAAAAAAAACAAGUUUUGUUGACUACCUGCUGGCAUAUUUUUGAAAAGUGCAUGCCCAUUCCACAGGUCACUGACUUCUAUAAAUGAUGCUCCACUUUUUCAUAUUUCACUUUCAGAAAUAUGCAGCUGGCUAAUAAGGUUUCUGUUUUUU